UUCAUCUUUUAUAAUAUCUUAUCAAAUAAUAACUAAAACGGGAUGGAGUAUUAGUUUCAAACUCAUUCACUUGGUUUGAGGCUAGAAACAUUUUUUUCCCUUGAACUCAUGAGUUUUGUCAUAGAAAUAUAUUUAGACUAUUUGUUGCUCCCUUUAUCCCAUAAUACUCGUAUUACCAUAUUAUUCAAAGUCAGUUUAACUAAUUUAAUUUAAAAUUUAUAAUCAUAAUAUAAUUUCAUUUAAAAAAUACUAAAUGACUUAGAGAAAAGUCACGAUUGUUUAAAGUCCAACCAAAUACUUUGACGUUACUUAAUUAAGAUGAAGGUGGUGCUAUUCGGCUGUUUUUGUCCUCCUCUCAAUAUCGGAUUUAUAUGAUGUCUCCGCCAGCCCACCCUGAGUUGUCUCUCAGAUCAUUCCGCCUUAUAUAUAUAUAUAUAUCCUUAUACCACAUAUGUGAAGCUAACUUGUUAAUUAAUUACUCCGAAGAAGAAGAAGAAAAUGGCAACUGAUUCAAAAAAAACUGAUCGUGAGGAACAAGAAUAUGCAAAGUGUGCUUGGAUGAGUCUUCAACACGAAGAACUAACCGAACUUGAAGAUGCUGCAGCUCAAGUCCAAGACGGUGAAAAAGAUGAAGAGAAACUGACACAACUCACUGAAAAAAUCAUACAGCAUUUUCAAGAGCACUCUGAUAACCGUCUCCGUCUAGCCCGAAAAGACGUGUCCCCAUUCUUCGCACCCGUCACGUGCUCACCUUUGGAGAAUUCGGUCUUAUGGAUCGCUGGCUGUAGACCUUCUUCUUUCAUUAGACUCAUUUAUGCUCUCUGUGGAUUCGAACCCGACGUCCAAGGAACUGAUCCGUGCCUUGAAGGGAUAGUAACCGAGGAUCUCCGCGAACUAUCUGAGAAACAGCUGAGGAUGAUUAACGAGUUGCAAGGCAAGACGAUUCGAGAGGAGAGGAGGAUUGCAACGAAACUGGCUAGCUUACAAGAGGACAUAGUGGAUCAACCGCUUGCGGGGAAGAUGAAGAAAGAGGGACAUGGUUGUGAGAAAGCGGAUGAAGCUUUAGAUGAACAUAGUGGACACAUGGCGGAUGUAAUUGAAGAAGCUGAUCGACUGAGAAUGAAGACGUUGAAGGCAAUAGUGAACAUACUUGAACCGGUUCAGGCGGUGGAAUACUUAGCAGCAGCUAAGAAAAUCAGGUUUUGUGUGCAACAAUGGGGAGAGAAGAGGGAUCAGCAGCAUAAGGAGUAGUUCGUUCUACUAAUUCAUAACUUGUACUUAUUUUUUUUUUUAAAAAAAAUAAUAAAUGGGAAAGGGCAAAAAAACUAAUGCAUGUUGCUUUUUAUAGUAGUACUAAGUUUUGAUGAUUAAAUUUUAUGCUUGAAUUUGGUUUUGCUUGUAUAAGUUCGUUUUAUUUCUUCAUCUGUACUCGUUGUAAUGGGGAUAAAGACAAAUUAUAUUCAAUUACAAAUGUUUCACCCGCGG